AUGCCGAGGGUUCCCGAUGUCUUUAAGAUGAACUCGGACGACGAGACCGGCAAGGAGGCUUUCCCUGUUGAUGCUGGGGAUGUCGCCCCCGAUGGGGCGAGGGAUGCAGCCCAUGAGGCCUCCGUUCCGGUGGAGCACUUCGUGGAAGAGCAAGCCCCCGACUUCCAGGGACCUACUACAAGCGAGUGGCGUUGCCUUCGUUGCGAUGGCGACAGGUGGGAAAGGAAUGUGUAUGGAGUUUGGUUGUGCUGUGGCUGUGACGGCACCGAGUUCUACUCCUGCAACCGCCCCCAUCGCCAUGAGACGGACGAGGGCGUCUGGAUGUUCAUGCCCAGGCGACCGACGACCCAAGGCCGCACCGGACCUCGAGCAGAUGGGCCUGGCCAGCAGCUUCCUUCGAAGGCCCUCUCGAGACGAGAAAGGCGGCGGCAGCGCGUCGCGAUGCAGCCUGGCGGUGGACCUCCAGAACCGGACUACGACGGCAACUCGGAGCUGCCGGAGUCCGAGGCACCUACCUUCGACCCGAUUGUGGCGACCGAGGAGGACGACUUCCUGCCCGGCGAGCCCACCUUCUUCCGGACCUACCUCACCACCGCGACCCUCGACUUUGCCAGCCACGACAAUGGCGCAGACCGCGGCCAACCCUUCAAGGCGGUGGCAGCGCAACUACGUGGAAGAGCAGGAUGGGACCAGAACGUGGGGAGAGAUGGCGCGGAGGCUACCUGGCGGUACGAUGCGCAAGAUCCUCGCGCAUAUUCCAAGUUCGCCAAGAAGGCAGCGUUGAUGCUCUACACGAGCCUCACCGGGGAAGCGGAAACGGAAUUGGAACAUGCUCCCAUCGAGUCGAUCAACUCCGACAAGGGGAUAGAGUUCAUUCUGGAGACCCUCCGUGCGCCAAUGGAACAAAAACUUGUGUUUCAGAAACGCAAAUUCCUGAGCGAGUACGAGAAUAUCCAGAGGCAGCAAGGCGAGGGGCUCCGUUCCUUCAGCAACCGCUAUAGGCGCGCAGAACGGAACCUCAGAGCUGUUGGUGUGGAGGUCGGCCAGAUGUACGACAACGACAGCCGGGGCAAUCACUUGCUUGAGCGGGCAAGGCUUUCGCCCCAGGACCAGCGGCUGAUACUCGUUGGCAGCCGCCGGAGUUUCGUGCUCCGCCUCCGGUGUGCGGCCGGGACGGACAGCCGAUUCCCCGCAAAGGCGAUGGCAAAGGAAAGCCCGGCUCUACUUCGGCGGCUUCUUCCUCGACUUCGCACGGGCACGGCCCCAAAGGCUACCCUGGCAGGGGUCGAGGAGGCGGCCCUGGAGGAGAUCCCCGAGGAGGAGUCGCAGGACGAGCGCGACGACCACCAGGCCGAUGACGCCGCCGACGCCCCCGACAACGACGACUUCCUCGACAACGAGCCGGACGAGAGCGCGGACCCGAUCACCGAGGCGCUGGACGUUCUCACGGUCACGGCCAAGAAGCUCAGUUCCCUUAAGCUCGGGCGGAAGUUCAGCGGUGGACCUCGUGACGGGAAAGGCCAGCGGGACGGCCGAGAUGGCAAAGGCGCUGGCAAGGACGUGGCGGCCCAAAAGCGGGUCACACAUUGUGCCGCCUGUGGGGAGCGCGGCCACUGGAAAGGAGACCCCGAGUGUCCUAUGACGACCUCCUCCCAGCGGCCCUCUUCUUCUUCGUCUUCGGCAACCCCUGGCGGCACCGGCGGGAACAAGGAUCGGCGAUCCCACCAGGCCUUCUUUGUCAAGGACUUCGGGGCCCUGGAGGUGACGGACCAGCCCGCCAACAAGCACUACGGCAAGAUGUUUCAGGUGAACGUGGUUUUCGGUGUUCAGGCCCGCAGCAUGCACGAGCCAAGCUUCCGCGGCAUGAUGAUUCUUGACACCGCGUGCCAGCGCACAUGCUGCGGGACACGCUGGCUUGCUGAACAGGCUGCGCUUUUGGAUGAACAGGCACUGCAGUGGCAUAGCGCUCCUCUGCAGGACGUUUUCCAGUUCGGCUCGGGGCCUCCGCUCAAGGCGAAGCAGCGAGCUUACCUUCCCGUUGGGAUUGGAGGUGUGGACCUCCUCAUCGGAGCCGGCGCCCUCGAAGUAGAAAUUCCUUUGCUGGCUUCCAAUAGGCUUCUUGAUGCUCUGGGUAUGGUUCUUGAUUUGCCGAACAACCUUGUGACGUUUACCGCUUUGCAUGUGACGGUGCCCCUCCUUAGGUACGUGGCGGCCCUCCUCGACUUCAAGAAGAACUUCUUCGUGACGCUGACCACGGCGGUUCGCCUCGGCAUGCUUCCGGACUCCGUCUACGAGGCCGUGCCGCCGAUCCUGGACAACCAGUUCGCGAAUCCGCCCUCGAGCCGCAAGCGCCCGGAGUACACAAGGUAUGGGAACGCGUACGGGAAAUUCGCCCGGUGCAAGAGACUUCGACUGCAAGCUUUUAAGUUCGCAGCCUCCCUUGCCGUCUUCCUCCAAUACUGUACCUCGGGGCUCGGUGUCUUCGGCGGCAACCCGCAAACCUUCGACCCGGGCCUCCUUGAACGCGGCAUCGCCCAAGACCUUCUCGGCACCACCGAGGCGCGCUUCCCGACGGAACCGGCCGAGCAGCAGCAGCGAGAUGGACGUGGACCCAUGGCGCCUUCUCCAGGACGACACGGACCUGGACUUCGACUGGGCACACGUCGACGAUUAAAGGGAGACUGGGCCCGGUCAGCGCGCAUCCUGGAGAGCGAGGUGGAUAUGUACCAAGGACAACCUUCUACGGCAGCACGACCCCCUCACACGGUGGACCUCCUGGUGAUCCACGACUUCGGCUUUGACCUUUGCGGCGACGCGGCGGAGCUGAAGCUCUCCUCGACUUUGUUGCCGGCCGUGCUGACCAACGACCUCCCUCGCGGACCGGCUUCACGACGACAAGCACUACGAGCACUACGACGGCUUCGGCCACACGUUCUUUGUGUUUCGCUCCUCGACCACCACCUUUACGACUUCGAGGACGGCUUCCUCUUCGAGAUGAUGCAGGAACAGAUGGACGCAGGACGGGCGUCACUGGUGAUCGGCCCCUCCGGGCAAGGUCUUCAAGGUGUGGCUUCUUCCUUUGAGAUGAACUGCACCACCUUCGGGCACGGCCGUGCGGCCACGACCCUUGCUACGACUAUCCCGGGGGCUUCUUCUUGGUUUGGGAAAGACGACCACGGCUACACCCCGGACUUUGUGCACCACCGGGACGCCUUCCUUUACAUGAUUCGGGACUACGUGUGCGGCAAGGACCCCGCACGGUUUGGCAUUUUCCAGGCGUUCGUGACUUACCAGAGCCCGGUUUCUCGACUGGAGGAGUGGGACGAUAUUGCCGAGAUGCUGAGCCGUUCUUUUGGCAACCCGGGCACGCGCCCCUACUACAUCGACCCUUCCUCCGAGGCCGUGCAGACACCCUCGCAGCGCAGGUUGCCACAGGACAUCCCGUACACCCGACGGUGCGGCAUCUUGGUGUACGGCCACCUCAUUGCCGAUGAGCUGCAGGUGCCAGUGGAAGUUCGCCGGUCGAUUGCUCGUGCCCACAUCAACUUGGGGCACCCGACAGCUCAGGAGCUCAUUCGCAUGGCCACGGCUUCCGGCUCCCCCAGACCUCAAGCACCACGACCCGCGACUGCAACAACCAACGCCUUCCAGUUCGGCGACCGGGUGGAGGUUGACAUUUUCUACCUGAGAGACCUCCAAGGCCGCAGCUGCAUGAUUCUUGGAGCCGUGGAUGUGGCCACAAGGGUUCAUCAGGCCGGCUUCCUUCGCAGCCGCGAGCCCCAGGACGCCUACGACGUGCUGGACAACAUCUGGCUUAAGCCCUUCGGCCUCAUGACCCAGAUCGCCCUGGACCCUGACACCACUUUUCAAGGUGCCUUUCAGGAGCGGUUGCGCUCCCGCGGCGUGAUGGUGGACUACUGCGCGGCCGAAGCACAUUGGCAGAUUGGCCACGUGGAGCGCCAGAACGCUUUCCUUCGCACGGUGAUGGAGAAGCUCGUGGACACCUUCGCCGCCACCAGCGUGACAGAUAUCAAGUUGCUCCUGGCCCCGGCGCUGCACGCAGUGAACAGUAUGACGCUGAGCCGGGGAAGGUCCGCUUUGCCACGACUCCCAGGAGGCUUGCUUAGCGAUUUCAACGUGCUGACGGCUACUCCCACGGAUGACCCGGCGGCAACCGCAGAGAUCAUUAGAUUGGAAACUCUGAAAACUCUUUAUGAUCUCAAUGUGCGACAAAGCAUGCGGCGGGCCAUCCUUCGCAAGACGCGUGACACCAAGGUGCCCCAGCUUCAGCCUGGACAGGCCUGCUCUUUCUGGCGCUGGCGAAAGAAAGGGCUGAAGAAAAGAGGAGGAUGGAUCACCGCUCGAUUCCUCUCUUGGGAUCCAGCCUCCCCUGGGAAAAUGGCCUGGGUCCGAUCCGGCACCACCACGGCACUGGUCGCAGUGGAACAGCUCAGGGCAGCGACCGGUUUCGAGGCUUGGCUGCCAACCGAGCCCGACGUUGCGGCACUCAAGGACGCUUCGCAGACCCUCGACCAGGCCCUUUGGACAGACGAGACCGGACCCGCGCCAGACCAACGACAACAGGCGGAUGACGCCGAGAUGCCGGACCUGGACGCCCUGGCAGGAAAGGACAUGGAGAUGGCAGCGGCUUUGACUUCGGCUUCUUCACUUCCUGCAGCGGCGGCUUCUUCGAGUACGCCGCCUCCCGUGGAGACUUCUCAAGUUACGCUGGACGUGGACCAGACAGUGCAGAACUUAGUGUACCGGCCCACCGUCCAGAACACCUUCGUGCGGAACGUGGCAAGACUGGGAGACGCCCAGGAGCCGCUCACCAGCGCCACCGGCGAGACCCGUGGCGGACACACGAACCAGCGCAGCUACCAGAAGAACUUCCUGAACCACCUGUCCCUGAGGCAGAGCCUGAACCACUACAACCAGCCGAGUUGGAGCCAAGAAGCAGCUUCAGCAGACAGCACGUCCUCAGCACGGCCUCCAACGACGCCUGUUACCAGCGAGCCUUCGGCACAGGAAGGAGGUUACGGCCCUAAGGAGGAGCGCUGCUACAAAGCUUGCCUCAACUCCAAGCACCGCCUCGACGACGUCCAGAACCUCGACAAGCAGGCCGCCGACAGCGACACCAGCGACAGCGACUGGAGUGACGUUGCGCCGUCAACGAAGGAGCGCGGCAUGAGUCGCGCCGAAGCCAAGGCGCUCGACCGCGAGAUUCCCUGGAGACAGAUCCUCGACAUGGACCCCGCCGACAUCAAGGCGUACGUCGCGGCCACCGAGAAGGAGGCAAAGAGCUGGCUCGAAUGGGGCUCCGUCAAACCCCUGAGCCACACCGAGGCGCAGUCAGUACUUCGAGACAAGGUGCUGGCAAAAAGGGUCCUCAGGACCCGCAGCUGCUUCCGGGACAAGAACAAGGGCCUAGGCCAGCUGGCGGCCAAGUGCAGAGUGGUCGCUUUGGGCCACCGCGACCCGGACAUCUACAGGCUGAACCGCGAAUGUGCCACGCCGAACCGGACCUCGGAGCACGUCCUGUUCAUCAUCUUGACCUCCGGGAGUAACUCCGAGUUCGCCGACUCAAUCAAAAAGUGGUUUGGCUGGGCCGGGGACGCCUCGACGGCUUUCCUUCAAGGACGGAGUGACUGCUUUGACUUCGUGCUGGAAGGGCCCUUGUACCUCGUUUGCACCAACGUGUACGGCCUCAGCAACGCGCCCCGCUUGUGGUCCCUCACGGUCAUCAAGCGGCUGACCGACCUUAACUACAGGCAGCACUCCUUCGACAAGAUGGUUUUCCCGAAGUUCUGCCCUCAAGGACAUCUGCUUUCGACUAUCAUCGUCUACGUCGACGACUUCCUCGGCGCCUACCGCUCCGACUACAACCUCGACGAGGUCAAGGAAGCCUUUAAGUGGGGUUCCCUGCAGGACUUCGAAGUUGGCAAGGCGGUGACCUUCAAGGGGAAGCAGAUCACCUUGAAGCAGAAGGCAAAUGGCCGACACUACCUUCACGUCUGCCAGAAGGAGUUCAUCGGCGGCAUGACCUCCGGGAAGGUGCCUCGUGGAGCCGACUUAAGCUCCACACUUACAGCAGAGCAGCGCGCGGAGUUCCGCAGCGUUACUGGCUGCCUUCAGUGGGUUUCCGGACAGAGCCGCCCAGAACUCUCAGCGGUGAACAGCCUUUCGAACCACGGCGGCGCUACAACCCUCGCCGACCUCAAGGCUCUCUACGAGGCAGUGAACUUCGCCUCCGCCACCAAGGACAAUGGCUUCAUCAUCCCGGACGUGCCCGUGAACACAAGCAGCGUCCUUCUUUCCCUCAGUGACGCAAGUUGGGCAAACGCCGAGAACUGCCGUUCUCAGUGCGGCGUCCUGGUGCUCUUGUGCGCACCCCACGUGCUGGAGAAGCCCGCAGAAGCAAUGCUCUUGGAUUGGCGCUCGAGCCGUUCGCAGCGAGUGUGCCGCUCAACCCUGGCGGCAGAAGCUUCAGCCGCCGACGAAGGCUGCGACCGAGGUGUCUACAUCAACCUCUUUCUCAGCGAGAUCCUUUGCAACGUUGCGGCCCACAAGGUUAAACCUCGACUGAGCCAGCUUGCUGUUACAGACGCAAAGUCCCUCUACGACUGCGUCGUUUCGGACAGUCCGAACUUGAGCGACAAGCGCUCCUUGGUGAACAUACGUGCGAUCCAGGAAGUCGUGCCAGGCAGCUCCUUCCACUGGGUCCCGACGCAGCUUAUGUUUGCUGACGGACUGACCAAACACUCUAAAGAGUUGCAGCAGACGAUGCACGACUGGCUCCAGCAACCGAAGGUUACCUUAAAGCAGCAAGACUCAUGA